UUCAACAGCCAUUCGGGAAUUCAACACACAUGCACACCAACAAGUCACAAAACAGUGUGCAUUCCCACAAAACACUUUUAAAAACGACAACCAAAAAGUUUAUAAAAAAAACAAAAGGAGAGAGACAUAAACAUGACUUACCAGCUCCGAGCGUCAGUGCUCACUGAAGCUGGUCACAAAGGUGCGACGCCAAAUCACCCCCCAGGGAAACAAAAAGCCCAUCAGUUCCAAUCGCAAGUGCAACCAUGCCCAUUCUGAAGAAUCUCCCAGGAAGGUCCAAGAGCUGCCAUGAGUUCCCCAGAGCCAACGGUGAGCUCAUUCUCCCACGGCUUGACUUGGACCUCAAAGACUUGAAUAAUCUGAAGGAGCUGAACGAGCUCAAGGAGCUGAACAAGAACCUCAACCCCUUUGAGGAUGUGGACCUGGAUGAAGACGAGAGGGGCGAAGGUGACGCGGGCCUCAUCAUGGGGGAGGUCAGGGGUACCCUGCAGCUCAGGUCGGCCCGUGAUGGAGAAGAGGAGGAAAACGAGCUGAACGCUGAAAGACACGGUGCGGUAAACCACAAAGGAAAACCACUCCGGGGAACCCUAGAGAGGAUUUGUGGCGUGUCUCCACUGAAGACCCUUGGAAAACUAGGAAAGGGGCUCCGCAAAUCCGGCAGGAGCGUGUGGGGGAACAACUCUCCCCACUAUAGCCCUGGAGACUCAAACACGCUCCCGACAGAGAGGGACAAAAGUAAAGGACUACGCAGGAGCUCAGAAGGAAUUAUGACUCUGUUACGCAUUACAGGCCGUCGUAAGGAGGAGCACAGAGAAAACCUGCCCUGUGGGGACCUGAAUGCAGACGGUGAGGCGGAGGCAUCCAGGAGGCCGUCCUUCCUCAGGAUGGUCAGUCUGGGCAAGCUGAAGAGGGAAUCCAUGUCCGACAAGGCCUCCCAGGGGACUGAGGAGGAAGCAGAGGAGGAGGAGGAGCCAGUGGUCCAAACCAGAGAGCCCCUCUCAGUACUGGAGAUCCUACAGUUAGUCAACCACCGGGACUUGCUCCUGGCCGACACACAUAUUCAGGAGCUACAGCGGGAGUGUGAACUGUUGUCUCUCCUGCCAUGUCCGACCAGUCCCACCCUGACUCCGACCCUCAGCCCCCCCAGCCCUUCUGGAAUGAUUCCCCUGUCAUUCUCAUCUUUGGAUGACUCACUGAGCGCCAAUGCUACUCUGGAUUCGAGCCGAAGGAAAGAGAAGGAUGUGGAGCUCCUCUAUGAGGCUUUGAUGAAGGAGAUGUGGGAUGUUGUGCGUGAGUCUCUCCGUCAGCCCAGUGCUGGGCCCAACCUUGGGCUUGUGGUGCUGGUGAUUCAACAGGAGGAACAUGCCGAUGCUGCCUGGACUCUUCGAGAGGACACCAAGCCAGAGCAACAAAUGGAUGUGGCUCUUCAGAUCCAACCCAGCCAUCGUCCUCGACGACUGAAGAUAAAGUGGAGGGAAGCAGUGGCGGAGGCUGCAGACUGGAGCUUGCCACACCAGGUGGACACUCAGGCGGGCCAGCUGUCCUCGUAUCUGGAGCGCCUGAGGUGCCGGGUGGUGGAUGACUUGGAUGCAGCAAGGAGGAAUGCUGUGUCUAUUUACCCGGAGGAGUUUGCCGCUUUCCAGGUGUAUGUGGAAAGUUAUCAUAGAGCUGUGGCCAAACGUCUGAAAGCCAUUACCAGUGACCCACUGCAGAUUACUGAUGUCUACUCGCUGUUGGACUGGUUCUACAACAUCUACAACCGGGAUGUUCUGGGAACCAUAGGGACCGCAACACCCAUCAACUAUGCCUCUCUGGAACCCAUUCUGCCUCAAAAUACAGUGAACAGGCUGGAAGAAGACUGCCUUAGUCUCGUCAAGGAGAAGGUAACAACAGAGUUGAUUCAGGUUCUGGAUGAUGAAGAACGGCGAUGGGCCCAUACUCUACACAUAGAGGAAUAUCAGUCCCAUCUAGCACGCUCGGUCAUACAGAGACUGAAAGUUGAUCUAGACAAAUCUACAUCUGUGAACCAGUUUCUCGGGGCAAGAGUGGCUCGUUUUAGUCUCAUCGGUUUGGCUGAUUUUCUUUACAGAUUCCAGAGAAAAGUGGAGAUGUUUCACGAGACACAGGCGGAGUUCGGUGAUCGAGGUGAUGGAUAUGUUUCCAGGACAAUAGCUCUGGUCAACUGUUGCCCCCCUCUCAGAACCUUUGUGGAGCGCUGCAGGCAGUGUGAUCAACAGGCUAGCGAGGACUCUGCAAAGGGAGCCAACUCUUCUCUGGACAGGAUCAUUAACCAGUCUGUGAGGGUUCUGGCAGACAGGCUGUUUGAGCACAUUAGGCCGUUUUUUGACAAAAUGGUCAAGAGAAAAUGGCUGAACUACACGGACACGUUCGAGGCCAUUGAAGCCAGCAUCAAACAACACUUCAAAAAGUUCCGAAGGAUGGAUCCUCCACCGUAUCAGACGUUAGUGGGUGAGGUGCACCGACGGGUCCUGGUGGAAUAUGUCCGAGCCAUCAUGCGGGGACGGCUCAUAUGCACAUCUUCCAAGAUGAGGAAGAGGAUGGCUUUCCGCUUACAAGACGAAGCCAAGCAGCUUAAAGGACUCUUUAAGGAUUUGGAAUCAAACGCAUCCUGGUUGGACAGUCUCAUCUGCCACAUGGCUGACAUCAUUCUCCUUGAAGACACGCCCUCUAUCCAGAUGGAGGUGGCUGUCCUGGUGAAAGAGUUUCCAGAUAUACGGCAGAAGCACGUGUCCACCCUGCUGAACAUACGAGGCAUGAUGCGUCAGGCAGAGCGUCAGGAGAUCCUCAACAUUGUCAAAGACUUCCAAUGCAGCUCCGCUUUGCUCGGCCGGGAUCACGCCAUCUUUUCCGACAUCCCCAUUACCUCAGAGAUGCACUGCAUCAGCAUCGGGUUCCUGCGCCUCGCCAUGGCCGUCACCAACUGGCUCUCUGAGCACCGGCCCAGGAAACGCCGCAGGAAAAGCACCAGGAACACGAGGCCGUCGUCGUCUGAGGCUCAGAACAUGGAAGACAUGACUAAACACAACAGGGAAGAAUAGUGUGAAAGUAAGAAGAGCAGUUGGGGUCAUACUGUGAUGAAAUGGAUGAGAUGUACAUGCACCUUGACAAAGACCAGACAAGUAAAGAAACUUGACUUGAGGUACUGCUCGUUCUGUACACACUUAACACAAUUGUUCGACAAUCUGAAUUAACCUUGUAGUUUGUUUUAGUCCGAACUUAACGACAAGAAGAAAUUGUUUUAGCCUUUAUUUAGGCUCACACCACUAUGAAAUGAUAAUGCCAUCAUAGCAGAGCGAAUGCUAUAUUGCUUUAUUGUUGUACCAUUUAUAUACCCAGCUAGGGGUGUCUCGAUCUGAUAUUGAUAUCGGAUAUUGGUAUGAUAUCAGCAAAAAACAUCUAUCAGAAUACAUAGACUUGAAUCUAAAUCUCCAAAACAAACAUUUACUUGUUAACAUCUAAAUAAGCACAAAAGGUUGGUCUUUUCUUGUAUUUUAGUCAAGUCACUUACAAAAGGUAAACAUUUAUAUACAUAUAGGCUACUCGCAGCUACACAACAGCUAAGCACACAAUGGCACACGAGCUAGACAUACGUUAUAAGUGUCCAUAGUUGAACAAUAUUGCUGUCUACAAUGUUUGUCAAUAUAAACAAGCAUUAGGUAAUAAUUAGAGAUAAUAUCGGCCUGCCGAUAUUAUCGGCCGAUAAAUGCUUUAAAAUGUAAUAUCGGAAAUUAUCGGUAUCAUUUUUUAAAUUAUCGGUAUCGUUUUUAUUUAUUUUAUUUUUUAUUAAAUCAACAUUAAAAAAACACAAGAUACACUUACAAUUAGUGCACCAACCCAAAAAACCUCACUCCCCAUUUACACUCAUUCACACAAAAGGGUUGUUUCUUUCUGUUAUUAAUAUUCUGGUUCCUACAUUAUAUAUCAAUAUAUAUCAAUACAGUCUGAAGGGAUACAGUCCGUAAGCACACAUGAUUGUGCAUGCUGCUGGUCCACUAAUAGUACUAACAGUUAAUUUAACUCAUUUUCAUUAAUUACUAGUUUCUAUGUAACUUUAUAUUGUUUUACUUUCUUUUUUAUUCAAGAAAAUGUUUUUAAUCUAUUUAUCUUAUUUUUUUUUUUUUUUUUUUUUUUAAAAGGACCUUAUCUUCACCAUACCUGGUUGUCCAAAUUAGGCAUAAUAUUGUGUUAAUUCCACGACUGUAUAUAUCGGUAUCGGUUGAUAUCGGUAUCGGUAAUUAAGAGUUGGACAAUAUCGGAAUAUCGGAUAUCGGCAAAAAAGCCAUUAUCAGACAUCCCUAGUAAUAAUAGUUGCAUAUUAUUUACACAUACAAAGUGUCCCGUAACAAACGUCUCCGCAUCAUUCAACUCAAUAAUUUAUUGUGACAGCUAAGUGUCGCCGAAAAACACACAUUUACCACUCUACUUCAAGUUAACCCUCAAGGGAUAAAAGCUGACUUUUUUUGUCCUUUCAGUAAAUUUUUGCUGCAUUUUUUUGCCAUAUUUUCGUCGUUUUACUCCAUUACAAAGGAUUUUUCCGAAAAUAGUUUUUUUCAUCUUAAGUUAAAAUAAUUCCACGUCCAAUACCAUCACAGGCGUACAAUACACAGGCAGUUAUUCGACAAUACCCCAAAGCCAAACAGGACAUAUAUAAAGUCCUUUAUUCUUCAAAAAUGGCCACAAACACAUUUUAAUAAUUUUUUUGUUUUUUAUGUACUUUGCUUAAAUCCUUUGAUCAAGUUCAGCCCUAAACAAAAAUACUAAACAUGUAAAGUUUUUUUUGGUCUGUUUGUUUAUAACCCUUUAAAGUCUUUUGAUCAAAUGAUGUCAUAGAUGUCAAUUAGUAUACAUUUGCAUAACAUGAGUUAUUUGACUAGUUUAGACUUUUGACAUUAUCUUAUCAAAAGUAUAAAAGAUAUACUGGGGCAGUAUAGCUUGGUUGGUAGAGUGGCCGUGCCAGCAACUCGAGGGUUCCAGGUUCGAUCCCCGCUUCCGCCAUCCUAGUCACUGCUGUUGUGUCCUUGGGCAAGACACUUUACCCACCUGCUCCCAGUGCCACUCACACUGGUUUAAAUGUAACUGAGAUAUUGGGUUUCACUAUGUAAAAGCGCUUUGAGUCACUAAAGAAAAAAAGCGCUAUAUCAAUAUAAUUCACUUCAAAAGGCCUUCAACAGGGUCGCAAAAAAACAUCACUUGUUUAUUUUUUUUAGGAUUAAAGUUAAUUGAGAAAUUUAAGCAAAAAAGUAAAGUUUGCACCCUUUCAAAAACUUAAAAGGGUCAUAUCAUAAUUUUUUUUUCUACAUAUAACCUUGUAGUAUACUCUACAUAACAUGUAAUGGUGGUUUCUUUGGUCAAAAUUUUGCAUAAAUUAUGUUUUACAGACCAUCUACAAACCUUCUGACCGUCUCUUCAGGAUGCAUUGUUUUAUUGCAGUCUUUUUUACGUGCCUCCACUUCAACAGCAUCUGCUCCCUGUCAUCCAUGUUGUAGUUUUUAGCGCUUCCAUACAAAGUCUACUGACGGAUAUGUUGGAACUAUACGCUUCUUUGUAUUAGAAAUGGCAACGGCGCAGGAGGCAUGUGCAUGUACGAGCCAGUCUGCCCCACAGCGAGGGGAUGGAGAAAAAUAAGGAACCGUCAGACUACAAUAGCAGACUCUUACAAAACUCUUCGGGUAAAACUUUAACAUAUUUGGAAAUGUCCGCUGACCUCACACUUAGGAAAAACAUCACAAGUUGGGCACAUUCCAAACGGGAGGAAGUAUGAAGGAAGGCAAGAUUGUUUUAUAAAUAUCUCCGCCAUGCCUCCAUGGUUUGAUUUAACAUUUUCGGGACUUAGGUUAGUAUUUCGUAUACCUGUUUGACUAAUUUCACUUGAUCACACUUUUUCAAACAUUUCACAAUACAGUACAAAAUAAAAAAGUAUGUAUGACUCGUGCUGAUAUCAGAUCAAUAUCGGUAUUGUGUGGGAAGUGAAAAAGUUGUAUUGGGACACCCCUAUACCCAGCCAUAUAUACUAUACUCAGUUUUGGUUUCUACUUCUAGAAUAUAUAGUGAUAUGUUGAACUCUCACUGUGAAUGAUA